AUAUCGAUGCGAUGUCACCAUUCCCACACAGCACAUUGCAUGUGGAAUGAAAUUGUAGAAAUAAAUUGUUUUUUAAAAUUAACAUAUUAAAAGCGAAUAUACCUUAACUAACUAAUAUACCACAUUUACUGUUUGGAGCAGACGUUGUUGUCUUCAGUACACAUACAAUUGCUUGUCAAUCUAUCGUCGAAUGCUGCAGGUCCAGUCUUUGGCAUAUUAUCAAACUGCUAAAUUCUUUUAGGUGAGCUUGCAAUAACCAAUCGUAGAGUCUACUAACUUGUCAUCUCUUGAAGUAGUAUUCAAAUGGUUGUUUGACGCAUUGUCAGCGGGUAAUAAUUCGCCCCGAUCGCUACGUAUGUAAAACGGACCGAGCCGUUUUAACAACAUUGUGAGAUUUUCGUUAUGCGACCUUCACCAACAAAUUUAUCAACACAAACGGAAAUUUCAAGAAACAUGCAGCCCCAAAAUAUGAUUUUGCCGAUAAAUAAAAAACCAACAAAAAUAUGCCUCAACAAUGCAACCGGUUGCUGCAGGUUCAAAGCAGCCAUCUCUACCGCAACACAGUACAACACAGCCGCAAUUUCAGAUAAACAAGGCAUACAAUGUUGUAUCAAUAUUAAAAACAACAACCACAAAUGCUCAACAGAGUUCUCAUAUGCCUUCAUCACAUCAGGCACAAUCACAUCAACAAAAUCAGUCACAGUCCCAGCAAAGCUACGCAAAUGUGCUAAACCAUCGACCGUCGAUGGCUCCAACACUCACAGUUGGAUCUCAACAACCGCCGUCGUCAGUGAUCUGUAGUGGCGGCAACAUAAUGAGUGUUAACAGUUGUCAAAUCAACACCAGCGAGAUGAGUUCAACUGCAAUCUACAAUCUUGCCGGUCCGCAUAGGGCAUCACAAUUGACUGGCGCCAGCAGCGGAAUCAUCGACUCGAAAUGUCGCUUUGUGGGAAGCGUUACAGCGUUAUCUGUAUCAGAUAUGACGAAAAGCUGCGCCGGUAACAAUACCACAAGCAACAAUGCUAUAGUCUCCAAUUGUACUACACACUGUGUCAACUCUAACGGUACUGCUAACGGGAGUAAUCACAAUCAAAGCAUUAUAACAUUGGCCAAUUCGCAUGGGCUCGCUGUUGGCAGUUCUAGUGCCCCACCUUAUGCUUUACAUGACAAGGGUCUUCUAGGCGUUGUAAAUGGUGUUAACGUCAGUUGUAUCGAUAAUAGGAAAUUCGACUAUAAAAACAGUAAUCUACUAUCAAAUAGUAGUUUCCAACCAACCCAAGAGUUUGUGUCAUCGGGCAACAACAGUUCUGGGAACACCCGUUCAAAUCCACAAACUGGUGGAAUAUUUCGUGGACCUCCACCCACAUCGAAUGCUCCAAGAGGUCCCGGCGGUGGUAGCGGAGGUGCUCGACAUGUGCAUAUGUCAGCAAUGUAUCCGAAUGUAGUGCUACAGCAGUUCCCUCCAUUUAGUCAACGCCAACCCACAUUUCCAGCACCACAUAUACAAUAUGCUCCGGGACCCAUUUCCUACUAUCCCUAUUCAUAUCUAUCAACAUUACCGCAACAACCACCACAUUCACGAAGGGUAGCGGUUAACACAAACGUAAACAUUAACAAUUCGAUGCAGCCCGUGCAGCCCGGAGGUCCCAAUGGACCAUUGGUCCAGGCUGGUCCAGGGGCGUCAUCGCCACAAAUGCAACUACUGACUGGAGCAGUACAGUCGGGUACAAAUACUGUACUCGGUGUCGGUGGCACUGGUACCGGUCAAGUAGGUGUUCCUCCAAUGGUAGGUGUUGGUGUCCUCACACCGAACGUAACACCAUCGGUACAAGCGCCGCCUUCCAGUAGACGACGUCAUCAACAUCGAUUGCAGAUUAUUGAUCCAGCAACACGAAAGAAUAUUCUCGACGAUCUGGAUAAAAAUAAUUCGACUGCGGACGAAUACCAGGAUCAAAUAUCUGUUUCACAUCAAGUGCCUGCGGCGACAUUAGCCGCCGUUGUUCAACCAGAUAUGUCUUUAUGCGCUCCACAGUCCGAAUCAAUUCUUACUGGUGUGGUCCUUCAAGGCAGUUUAGAAACAAGGGCCAAUGUUCCGUGUAAAAUAGAUCAAAUCUCCGCUCAUCGCCAAGAUGGGGGUCAAACCCCAGUAGUAUCAGCCAUGUCCGAUGCACCUUCUGUCGAAAUAUUACCAACUCCACAAAAGACCAAGAGCAAAAAAUUCCUAUACGUGAACAAAGAAGGCGUUGUAGUCAUGCCCGCUUUCUAUCAAUCAGUCCGAAAUAGAAAUGAAGUAUCAUCGUUAAAACAACAACUAACAUCUGAGCAUCUAGUAGCUGAAAUUUCCGACCAUGUCUCCAACAUGCCCAAUAUGAUAGAACAAAAUGUUUCAAAUAUACAAGUAGUGGAUGGAUUUGUUGGGCAGACGACUAAUGAUUCGACGAUGCCCUUAUCGCUACCCCAUCAAAUCACCUCUCACGAAAGUAUCCCUGAUGAAACUGAUCGUGCUCAAAAUUUGUUACAGACUGAAGGAGAAUCAAAUAUUGUUGAAUCAGUUAAAGAACAAUCUGCUGAGAGUGUGGAUAAUAUUGUUACAGCAGAGAUUGCACCAACAACUGAAGCAACACAAGUAAUACAACCAAGUAUUGUAUUGAAAGAUAAAGAGCGAAAUGAGGAAGAGGAAGGAAUAUUGAUCGGCACAUCCGCCUCCAGCGCAGAAUCGUCUUCAUCCUCAUUUGCUACAUCGUUGAUUAAUUAUAACAAAGAUCAAUGGUCUCCCAGUAAUCCGGGUGAAAAACAAUAUGAUCGUGAGCAACUGAUGCUGUUGCGUGAAGCGAAAGCGUCACGUGUACAACCCGAAGAAAAUGUUUCAAUACUACCGCAUCCAAAUCUCAUGCCACUAUUUAUGCGCAACAACAAUAACAACAGCAAUAAGCGUGUACAAUCAAUGGUGGGUGUAGUUGGAGGAGGUGGUAAUCGUAACAACGAGUCUAUGGGUGGCAAUUUCGUAGGCAAACAAUCGCAUGUUUCCAUGUCCGGUGUGCGCGGGGGCAGAAGUAGCAUGAAGGGCAUGAUCCAUGUGAAUCUGUCGCUUAACCAAGACGUCAAACUCAAUGAAACUGAAAAUGCUUGGCGUCCGCGAACCCACAAUAAACAAGAUUACACUGACACUGGUGAGGGCUCCAACAAUAAGAACAGUCAUGAGAAAGAUGAACUUGUGCGCCGCGUCCGUGGUAUUCUUAAUAAACUAACGCCUGAGCGAUUUGAUACUUUGGUCGAAGAGAUAAUCAAGCUGAAAAUCGAUACACCCGAUAAAAUGGAUGAGGUGAUUGUACUCGUGUUUGAGAAAGCUAUUGACGAGCCUAAUUUUUCUGUUUCUUAUGCUCGACUGUGCCAUCGGCUAAUUAGCGAAGUGAAGGCGCGCGACGAGCGAAUGGAAAGUGGCACUAAAACAAAUUUGCAGCAUUUUCGAAAUGCUUUGUUGGAUAAAACAGAGCGCGAGUUUACACAGAAUGUGUCGCAAAGCACGGCCAAAGAGAAGAAACUUCAACCGAUUGUAGAUAAAAAAAAAUGUCAAGAUCCCAAUGAGAAGGCGGAGCUGGAAGCUCUGCUCGAAGAAGAAGAGCGUAAAAUUCGACGUCGUUCUGGUGGCACUGUUCGCUUCAUUGGGGAGCUCUUUAAAAUAUCUAUGCUAACGGGCAAAAUUAUUUACUCAUGCAUCGAUACACUGCUUAAUCCGCAUUCAGAGGAUAUGCUCGAAUGCCUAUGUAAACUGUUGACGACUGUUGGCGCGAAAUUUGAGCAAACACCGGUGAAUUCUAAGGUUUCCAGUCGUUGCUAUUCACUCGAGAAAUCCAUAUCACAAAUGCAGUCGAUUGCAUCCAAAAGAAAAGAUGGGGCCAAAGUCAGUUCGCGAGUGCGUUUUAUGCUGCAGGAUGUUAUUGAUUUGCAAAACAAAUGGCAAUCGACCCGAAAUGAGGCACCCAAAACCAUGGGACAAAUUGAGAAGGAAGCAAAGAAUGAACAGCUAUCGGCACAAUAUAUGAACUAUAGUGGCUCAUUAUCAUCAUCGUCCUCAAGUGCCAAUGGACCCCAGGCUGGUGGUCCAGGUGGUAAACGUGAUGAUCGUGGUAAUGGUCGAUUUGAUGGACGAUCCACUGGUGGAGGGUAUGGUGGCAGUCAUAGUCAACGCAUUGACGUAGGUAGCAAUCUACGACAUCAACAAUUAGGCGGCAACAGCAACAAUGGAAAUAGCAAUUCGAAUAGUGGUGGUGGAGGAGGAGCUAACAGUGCUCACUCCAAUGGCAACAAUGACGACAACACGUGGCAUGUGCAGACUAGCAAAGGUAGUCGCUCUCAAGCAGUUGAUAGCAACAAACUGGAAGGUCUGACAUUACAACUUAAUCAGAAUUUGGAUACUAAGAAAAUGGGAGGAGUAUCUCAAUUUAUUUGGAAUAAUGCUAGCAGACAAUCUUCAACACCAACCACAACACCGUCAAAUUCAUUUGCUGCACUUUCUUCUCUCAUUGACAAAAACAUGUCCGACCGUGAUCGUGAUCGCAGUGGACCCAGAAAUAAGGGAUCUUAUAACAAGGGGUCCAUGGAGCGAGAUCGUUAUAACGACCGAGGCAUCCACUCUAGAACUGGUUCCUCACAGGGAUCGCGGGAGAAUUCUUCGUCACGGGUUGCACAGCAGCACUCUCAAAACCGCGGUGGAAUGCUUAACUCGACUUCAUUACAAAAAUCUGCUAGUCACUCCAAGUACACACAACAGGUGCCACCUGCGAGACUUUCUAACAAGGCUAUGGGAACCGCUCUUAGCAACAAUAGCGCCGGAAACGUUGGCGGCAUCUACAGAGGCAACGAUCAUCAGUUGCCUUCAUCAAUGGCCUCAUCAUCUAUAUCUAAUUCUGCAUCGCAAUCGAGAAAUGUUGCGCCACAAGCCGUGUUUGUUGAACCACGCCCCACUGACCUGAAGCUUUUUAAAUCAGUCGUCUCCGAUCUUAUCGAUCUGGCGACGACAUCUAAGAAAACGGACACUUUAACGGUAGUCGAAUGUUUCAAACGGAUAUCGGAACAACAACGCUGUGGCUUUUUGUUCUAUAUUCUUACCGAUUAUUUGCAUUUAGCGAAUGUUGAUAAACAGUACAGGCGAUAUUUAGCUAAUAUGAUUGCGACGCUUAUCCAGGAAAAUUAUAUUUCCGUCGAGCACUUUCAGCUUGCAUACAAAGAAUUUACCGAGUAUGCAAACGAUUUAAUCGUUGAUAUUCCAGAUUUAUGGUUAUAUGUUCUUCAAUUUGCUGGUCCCCUCGUAGUAAAGAAAGUUUUGACACUCUCUGAUUUGUGGAAAAAUCUACGAGAUAAUCCAUCUUGCGAGGGUAAACAUUUCCUUAAAACUUACUUAACAUAUUGUACACGGGAAGUUGGACCUAACUUUACUCGAAACAUGUGGAAGAAGUUUAACAUACGUUGGGUUGACUUUAUGCCUGACAGCGAAGUGAAAAAUUUCAUUGAAUCCAAUAGGUUUGAAUACGUCGAGAGUGAAUUGAAACCAGUGAUUGAAGAACGCAUGUCCUUGGAGAAGCACAUCGAAAAUGUGAUAGAACAUAUUGAACACUUAAUAAAGGAAGGUUCAACUGCAGAUUGCGUCAUUGAUUACAGUAAUGGCAAUAUAGUUGUUCCCGAUAAAAUUUUUAUUAGAGGCUUGACUAAAACUCUUUGUAACUUUGCAAUUGUCUAUAAAGAACAUAGUUAUAAGCUUGAACCUGAAAUUUUUCAAAAAGUUUGUAUACCAGUUUUGCAACGUUAUAUUGAUUCCAACGAUGACCUACAACUUGAAUGCUUAUAUGCAGUGCAGCUCCUUGUCCAUAGCUUGGAGCAUCCUAGAGGAUUAUUAAGUGAAUUAUUUGGUGAGCUUUACGAUGGUUAUGUAAUACAGAAGGAAUCGCUGUGUAUUUGGCGCGACUCAAAAGAGCAAUCCGCUGGCAAGGGUGUGGCUGUGAAAAGUCUUAAUCCAUUUUUCAACUCUAUAUUCAAUGAUGAAACCAAUUAAUGCAUAAUUGUGUACUCGAAGAUAACAAAUAACGCGAGAUAGGGCAACAAACAUAAACACAUAAAAAUAUCAAAUUGCAAGAAAAAAUUAAUUUAUAUAUGUAUGUAUAUAUAUAAAUAUAUAUAGAAAGAUCAUGGAAUAAGGCCCAGAGAAAUUCGUAUGUUCUGCCACAAUACACGAUGUUAUUGUAUAGUAUAGUAUGUUUAUGCAAUCCAAUAAAAACAUAUAAAUUGUAUAACUGUGUAAGCAUGUGUACUAUAAAUAAAGCAAACCUAAAGAAAUUUCAAAGUUGUAAUUGGUUGCUACCAAAGUAAUAAUGCUUACUAUCAUAUGAGAGCGUUUGCAGAGAGCUAGAAAGCUGAUAGGUUU